AUGAGCGACCCACAGCCUUCCUCGCCUGUGGAGGAGCACGACGACCAAGUCAAGCACGAUGCAUCUGAUGUAGGCUCGGACGGUGAGGGAGACGUCAAGGCCACCACCAAACCGAAGAAGGCCGGAAGGCCACCUCUGUUCGCCAAGGCCCCCAAGUGGAAGGACAUUCCCUCGUGGUUUUCGCGCACCGACUGCCCUCUACUGCAGCUCCCUGAUCACAUUCUCAACCGCUGUUUUGCUCUCGACACCGGCCUCUCGCUGCGCGACUAUGUCGCCCUCGCUGGCGUCAACAAGUUCUUCCGGACCCAGCUGGAUGACAAAGUCUUCCACGAAAUCUGCGUAUACCACAACCUCAUUCCCACCGAGCGAGAGCUUAAGAGUGGCCCCCUCCUCUCCGACAUGAUCGUCAGUCGCCCCGUGCCCGAAUGGUACAAGCAGCGCAGCCGCAAGCCCCUCCGCUCAAUCCAAGGCUCCCAUUACAUGCCCCGUGGCGAUCGCCAGUACUGGUCCAAGCCCCAGUACAAGGUGUAUCGCCAGGAGCGCGAUAUUCACCUGGCCUGCGAACGGCUCAAGCGCUACCAGGAAGGUCUGGACGCUGCCGAACGUCGCAAGCAGGCUGUGGGCGAGAUUGAAUCGCAUCCGGCUGUGCGUGAUGGCAAGGUUCUCCGCCAAGUGAUUGGCAUCGUUGCGGGUCUACAGCACGGCGAGCCCGCAGUCAAGAUUGGUCUCGACGGACCCAAAGGCCUCGUCUCUCGCAUCGACGUCAACAAGGUCGCCACAGUUGGCCGCAAGACUUGGGACGAGGCUGGCCAGAAUGCCCUCAAGAAGCACCACGCCGACCUCAUCCAGCGAGCUACACAGCCGCCCAAGAAGGACAGCGAGACCACCGACGAAGACAGCUAUGAUGAGGCAAGCGACUCUGAUGGCUUAGCGUCUCGCCCAAAGAAGCGCAAGAGGCGUGUUGGACGCCGCCGUCCAUGGAGGGUCCCCGAGACACCAACAGACUCCGAGUCGGAUGAGUUCGAGUGGGACGUCAAGGGCAACUAUAUCAUUCACGACUUUUGGCCCAGCAUAUACCGUGUCAGGGCUGCCGACUCGCUCAAGGACGCCCGCAUCAACAAGAAGACUGCAAAGGACAACUUCAAGGUCACUGAUGGCGAGCUCCUGACGCUCAAGCAUGUUCUGGUUCACAACCCCAUGAACUCUACCGCCCCCAAACGGCUCUUCCUGGCCGCUUCGGUCGAAGCCCUUGCGUACUGCUCGCAUGGUGGACCCAUUGGUCACCGUGAAUAUGUCACGAAGAUGAACGAGCGUUCCGUUAAGAACCGUGCGACUCGCAAGAACAACAUUGAGAAGAAGAAGGCUGACGGCACGCUGGACUACGAUGCGAUGAGCGACAGCAAAGGCACAACACGUGCAUUUGGAGGACGGCCGUCCCCGCCUGCGUCUGGCGCAACCACCCCUCCCCCGUCAGUGACUCCAGGCGAGGCGUCCCCCAUGGCAGAGAAUGACGAUGGCGGUGAUGACGAUGGAUUCCCCACCGAGAGCGAGUUGCAGGACAUCCAGGCGACGCUAGAUGGCCUGGAUACCGACAAGUCGGGCGACGACGCUGCGUCGCAGAGAGACCAACUGGCCACCAUGCUGCGCUCACUGGUCGACACCUACACUUCCCGGGUCCCUUUCCUGCUUCAACAGGUUGCGGCACAGCAGGAAACUAUAGCCACCCUCCAGCAGCAAUCGCGCCUUUCCAAGUGCAUGAUUGACAUUGAGCGUGACCGAUUUGCCGCAGAGCGCACCAGCUGGCAGGCCGAGAUCCGUGCUUUGAUCCGCGUCCGCGACGCUGAAGCGGCCGCUGUCAACCAGCCCCGGCGAGUUCUUGAUCUCGAUGUCGGAUACCACAAGGAGCUGGAGAAUGCCAACAAACGUCUUGAGAUGGAUAACCGCCUGAUGGCGCCUCGACUUGUCGACACACAGCAGCAGAUCGAAUCUCUCGUCACCGAGCUGCGUCAUCUCCGUACCCAUGUCUUGCUUGACACUACUGUCUUGGGUGGUGCCGUUGAGGCCACUGCUGGGCCCUCUGGCGCCUCGGCGUCACCUGCCGGUCCGCCUACUCGUCAGCCACAGCGGCAGGUCAACCGCAACACCAUGGGCGACGCACGAGCUGAACACUUGCUCCUUGCUGCCAAAAAGGUGCGCUCAAUGCGCAACACUGGCACCAACGUGGGCCGGCUCACUCUUGACGAGCUGCAACGUCACGGUGUCAUCGGUCCCGACGGCGGUGUGGGAUAUUCGGAGGGUUACGGUCGUGACGGUGAAGAGGUGCACGCCGAGUCGGACGAAGAAGAGAAGAAGGUGUUUGCGUCGCCAUCACAAGAGCGUCGAGGCAGCGCUUCGGCGGCCAAGGGAACGCCCUUGCUGCCGCGAGCCCGAAAGCCCGCCAAGCGCGCUGUGCCUACAACUCCUUCUCGCAACCGCGGUGUCCCUCAGGUCCCGCAGACCACUCCAGGAGGCAGCAACUUUAACGACUUGCUCCUUGCGGCCGAGAUGGCCACUCGACCUGGCACCCCGACCCGCGACCACCAUCCUGCCCAUGUCAUGUCGGCCACUCGGAGCACCACUACUGCCCGUGUGCCCUACGUGUACCACAGCCCAAGCAAGAAGCAGAGGCGGAACGAGCCGCCCGCCACAAUCGAGUGGUCGACGCGCCGUCACCUCAACCAGGAAGGCGAGGGCUCCCCCCGUCGGUUUACUUCCCAGGAAGAAGUCUCAGCCUCGGCCCUCGACCUUUUGGCCCAGGCAAGCCAGGAUGUUGCGCAGAGUGGCGGCUCCGCCGCCAGCCGCUUCGAGGGCAUGAUCUCGGAGCGUGAACGCCGCGACACUGCGGUAAGCAGCCGCAGCGCGACCCCACUUGGCCCCGCUAUCAACCUGGACGACCGUGGGCGCUCGCUACCAUCGUCGCAGGCCCAUACACCAGCCCGUGGAUUCCCUUCUGCCACCCAAGACGACCCGUUCAACGAUGUCGCCAACAACACUGCCGCUUUCCAGAGCCCAACAGGCGCGGCUGUUCCUGGGUUGGGCAAGUACGUCCACCUCACAAGCACCAUGCCCGCCCGUCGUGUGCGUUCGCCGUAUCUCAAGUGGACCAAGGAGGAGGACGAGCUCCUCACUCGCGCGGUCAUGGAGCAUGGUGAAAAGUGGGACCUGGUCAGCAAGUGUGUGCCUACACGUAGCUACCACCAAGUGCGCCAAAGGUGGCUGCGCAAGACUGGAGCGUUUGACAAGAAGCCCGCCAACCAGACACCUGGCCAGACGCCAACCAACGACCCGUCACCGCUUGGCCGCGGCUCUGUUCCCGGAGAGCAGGCAAGUCCGACGCCGAAAGGCAGGAAACGCAAGGAUCCCUGA